CUACUUAUAGCGGGGGAGUGCCAUAAUCAUUCUCUGUUGCUUCGUGCCAGGCUAACCGGUUCGAGAUCUGUGGAAAAUGGCUGAGGUGUCUAGUCAUACUGAAGAGUGUGCAGAGUCGUUCCCGUCGUGGUUGAGUCGUGAAUACUUUGAGAGUGUCGUUCGUGAGAAACUUUGUGAUGAUUCGAUUGUUAUCACGCGCAUUGAUGUCGCACCGGCUGCAGAGAAAGGAGAGCAUUUCCUUUGCGCCAUUUAUCGGAUUCAACUGGAGUAUAAGCGGGCGGAAGACAGUGAUGCGCAGAGAGUAAGCUACGUUGUGAAAGCACGGUUCGAGAAUAAGGAAAAUCAGACGCUCAACGAUGCACUCGAAACACAAGAUGUUCUGGGCCGAGAAAUGUUUAUGUACAGCUCGGUGCUGCCGAAAUUAUCCAGCAUAUUGGCAGAUAUCGGACAAAAAGCUCAACUCGUUCCAGAGAUAAUAAGGGUUGAUUAUCGGAAAGGCUGCAUCAUUUUCGAAGAUCUGUGUUAUCGCAGGUUUAAAAUGUGCGACAAGAUGGUGGGCUUAGAUUUGGAGCACAUCAAACUUGCAUUAAAAAGAUUAGCUGCUUUCAACGCUGCUGCAGCAAAACUGAAUGAAAUCGAGGAAGGUUCCCUGCAAAAGUUCAACCGAUGCUGCUUCUCUGACAGUGGUUUGGAACCGUUUUUCACUAGCCAAAUGGAAGCCUGCGGACGCGCUGUUCAAAAAUGGAAAGGCUUUGAAGGAUAUGGAGAUAAAUUACUGGCUCUCGCUCCGAAAAUCAUGGAAUACGGACGGAGGUUAUUCGAGCCCAAAAGUCAUCACUUCAAUACUCUCAUUCAUGGAGACUUUUGGAUAAAUAACAUGAUGUUCAGAUAUGAUGCGAACGAUCAGCCAAUCGAAAAUGUCCUUAUCGACUUUCAGUUCAAUAGUUGGACAUCACCUGCCAUCGAUCUUCACUACUUCCUUAAAACAUCCGUAAAUGAGGACCUCAAGUGGGAUCAUGAACAGGAGCUUGUACGAUACUAUCAUAACCAUUUAGCGGAAGAUUUGAAUGCGUUGCAGUUCAAAGGGAGGAUUCCAACCUUUCAGGAUUUUUGGUCGCAGUUUUUGGACAACAGUUUUAAUGAAGUAACGUCUGUUUGUAUAGUUGUGCCUUUGAUUCUAAACGAACAAAAGUCAGACAGUGCCGACCUUUUAGAAAAUGAUGAUAACACUAUGAAGUCCAAGGAAGCUGUUUAUAAUCAAACACGAAUAAAGACGAUAAUCCAAAAGCAUCUGCCAAGUUUUGAUAAAAGAGGGUUAUUGGAUUGAGAUUGGAUUUUCAUGUUGUUUCAGUGGAAACAGAUUUUAAAUUAUUAUAUUUUGCUUCUUUUUGGACUGAUCAAUGUGCAUAUUGCAUGGGAUAAUAAAUGGUUUUUCU